GUCUGGGAGUGUGGAAUGAGCUCUCAAUGCGAAGGAGCGGCAGGGGGAGUGGGGAUCAGGGCUCCGGGGUUGGGUUGAGCUGGGCUGGAAUUGAAAAACCAGGCGAUGCAAAAAAAUGCCCUCUCGGAGGACUGUGAAUGUGGGAUUGCUGCUGGCCCUGUCGACAGUGCUGCUCAUUAUUCUUCACCACAAUCUGCUCCAGAGCGCUGGCCAGGCUGACCCAGCCAGGACCUCAGGCGAGUGGGCGCAGUACGAGGGGCAGCCCGUGAACCUUGACCCAGACGUGAUCCCAGUGGUGGUGUGCGCGGUGGAGGAGCGGCUGGGAGGCACCAUCGCCACCAUCAACAGCGUGCGCAUCCACACGAAUGCCCGGCUCGUCUUCUACAUCGUCACGCUGAGGCACACCAUCCCGCACAUCACAACUUGGAUAAAGGAGUCGGUGCUGGAGAAUAUUAAUUAUUUUAUUAUUGAGUUCAACCCUGACAUCGUGCGUGGAAAAAUCCCUGUCAUAGCUGAGAGGCCAGAGUUACUCAGCCCGCUGAAUUUUGCCAGGUUCUAUCUCGGCCAUCUCAUCCCUCAACACAAGCGCGCUGUUUACCUUGAUGAUGACAUCAUCGUGCUGGGGGACAUUAGGGAGCUCUUUGAGAGCCCCCUGCAGGAUGGGCACGCCGCCGCGUUCUCCGAUGACUGCGAUGCCAUCUCCACCCACCUGCUCGCCAACCUGCGGGGCAUCGUCGUUCAGAACAUGUACAUGGCGUACCUGAACUACAACAAGGAGAGCGUGAGCAAGCUGGGCAUCCGUGGCAGCAGCUGCACGUUCAACCCGGGCGUCGUCGUGGCCAACCUCACCGAGUGGCGGCGCCAGAGGAUCUCCGAGCAGCUGGAGCAGUGGCUGCUCAGGGAGCAGGAGUGCGUGCCGCUAGCUCGGCCCGCGUGUGCGCGUUGCCAGCCAGGGCGGUCGCCCUCCCCCCCCCCCGGUUUCGCCUCCACUUGGGCCCCCACGUGGCCGUGUCGGAAGAUGGGGGAGCGCAUGGGGGGGGGGGGGGUCUCUGCUCGGCUACAGAUUCGUCGUUCAGAGCAGGGUUCUUCAUCUGGUGUCCCACGCAUAGGGCUCUCGGGAAUGGCACCGCCGAGAGAUAGCGAGAUGAUACGGAUCCGAGACGAGAGGCGGGCACGAGGUGAAGACGAGCGAGCUGCAGAUGAGAGAUGCAGAUUAGUGAGAUGCGAGAGAUGAACAAUAGAAAUCAGAGACCGAGAGACGAGAGGUGGUCGGUCAGUAUAUGUCUGCGUGUUGAACUUCUUUCGCACCGUACGUAGCCAACUGCGCUCAUCACAGGUGCAGGGAAGGACAACAUAUUUACCCAAGAAUGUCAGUGUGUAA